UCCUUCUUUAAUGUUCCAAAUCUUUUCAUUUCUUCUCUUCUUUUCUUCUUCAGAGCCGUCACCGUACAGUUAUACUUUCUCCAAACUCCUCCGUUCGCUGUCCUCCAAACUCCUCCGUUCACUGUCCUCCAAACUCAUCUGUUCGCCGGCCGCCCACUCCUCUGUUCGCCUUCUCCCGAAAUCGACGGUCAUCUUGCCUUCCUCCGACCUCGUUCUGAAAUGCUUAUCUCCGAUAAUGUCUUGUUGUUUGCUAUUCUUCCAGAAGCUUUAGUUGGGGCCGAUACAUGCCUUUCAUCUGUCACCACCAUCACCGACGUCGAAAUCACCGCCGAUUUACAGGUAGUUAAGGUGUAUGUAUUGGUUUUUGGAGAUGAAAGAGGGAAGCAAGUAGCCAUGGCUGGGUUGAAGUCAAAGGCUAAAUAUGUUCGGAGUCAUUUGGGGAAGCGAAUGAAGUUGCGGUUAACUCCUGAGAUAUGCUUUUUUGAGGAUGAAUCUAUUAAGAAAGGAAGCAGGGUCAUUGCAAUAUUAGAUGAAAUUAAGAAUGAGAAGAGUGGAACAACUCAAAGCGCGGAACAGUUGGAUCCAUUAUAACCGAAUCUUGGAUGCAGGUAAUAAAAUAACUUUAAUUUGUUAUUUAUUUUGUGUUUUGAAAUUUACUGUGAAUUUUCAAAGAAUAACUCUAUAUUGUUAUUUACGUAUUGUAAGUAUUUGAUGAUCCUAUAGAAUUAACACACGAUGAUUUGUAUGAUUUGCGACUCCGUUGGGCAAAAUGUUUUUUUGAGUUAUAUAAAGAUUAAGCUUUAUCUGCAAAUGUAAUUUUGAUGUUGUCUUCAGAAGCUACAACUCAUCUUGUCGUGGAUGCAUGUUGGUAUUUCAAGUACCCGAAAGGACUUAAAUGGUUGGAUAUUUGUUGUUUUGUUAUUUUGUAGUAGUCCAUCGUGUGUAAACUUUCUUAUAAUUUUGUACACUUGUGUAUCCUAUAUUAAUACAUUUGUAAAUUUUGAAAAAUAUAUAUGCAUCUUAGCUAUUUGGUAUAAUGAAAUUUUAUCCUUCAUUGGUUAGAAAAAUAUGAAAAUAGUGACUUAAAUGUGGUCUGUGUGCUGUGGGAAAAAUGUGCAAAAUAGCGACCUAACUUUGGUCUGUGUUGUUACAAAAAAAAUUACAGGUUAAAAUAGGAAAAACAACUAUUAUACACUUAAAAGCAUAAAACAUAUUACAUCGGGCAAAAUGGACAACUGAUGUAAAAACUAAUCUAUUACAUCGGGCAAAGUGGAAAACCGAUGUAAAAAAUGUCUAUUACAUCGGGCAGACAGGAAAACCGAUGCAAAAUAUGGCGUAUAUAUUUUUUUAUUAAAAAAUUGAAUAAUUUUUCACAUCAGGCGUCUGAAUUCAACCGAUGUGGUAUGUUAAUUUUUCACAUCGGACCUUGGCCUGAUGUAAAAUGUCUCUGACUUAUUACAUCGCCUGGCUUUACAUCGCCUGGCUUUACAUCGGGCCCA